AUGAUGGACUCCCAAAUGUCCUCUGACCAGACAACUCUCUCUGAGAAGUUGCAGCUCUUACAGGAGCUCAGCUAUUCGGAUCUUGACAUGCCCUACAAAGGUUCUGGGGUUCAUAGCAAUAGGGAAAUCCGCGAGUCGAGGACAACUUCCGAUAUUCACAUCCUCGAUGUUAUCGCCAUAUGUCUGACCACGGGAGAACCUGGAGAUGUGGUUGCGGUGGCUUUUGACAGAGAGCAACGUCUCAGCCUGGUGCUUGCGAAGAAUGGUUCUCCGACCCUCGAGGACGAGCUCGCCACACAAAACCUCAUUAGUGCCAUUACCGAUCCUGAAGUCGCGUAUGCGAUGGACAUCUUUCACACCUUGCUCUCGCGUUGCCGGGUGAACAUGGAGAAGCGGAUGAGUAACCUACACCAAUCCAUUUCCCUCUUCGUCGUCGAUCUCGAUUCUGCUUUGCAGGAGUACGUACCGAAGUCUAUCGAAGACGAGUUUCCCGACUCGACCCGGUUUCGGCGCGAGAACUACGGAGACAUCGCGCCACCCUUUCGUACAAUGCUCCAGGAUCUUGUCCGUAUGAUCGGCGACUCAUCCGCUGUCCCGUUGGUCCCGGACGACGUUGAGUUAUCGCGGAGUCGAUUCGGCGACCUCUAUGUGGUAGCCAUUGCUCUCCUGCGUUCUCGAUUCCUGGGUCAUCUUUGUGCAGAUAAAAAUCUUUUGAAUGCGGCUCAAAGAGGGAGGGGGGAGAAGUUGAAGAGGCGUUUGGCCAAGGUCUGCCAAUAUUACGGUGGCGUCACAAAACUUAUCCGCAAUGCGAAGCGAUACUUUCCUGAUGGACAUAUUCCUUAUCGCUGGAUCAAUAACCGCUUCAUUGGCUCGGGAGAGGGUCAAUUCGAGCUUUGCAAUGACUAUCUGGACGCGGUGCAGCGUGCUUUUGGAUACCCCUUGUCUCCGCAGACGGUGAAUGCACUGGAGCAAAGGUUCCCUGAUAUGCUUAGUAAUUGGGCACGGCGACGCACUGUUAACACAUGCGUUCACGCGGAACUUCGCAUCAUUCUUCACCUUAGCUCGGCAUCUUCUCAUCCUCGAAGAACCGUUGGACCACCGGAGCAGGAAGCUAUUGGGUGCAGCAAACGGAGCUGCUUUUGCUGUGCUUUGUGGAUUGAUGCGUACAAUGACGAGUUCAAGACGGAAUGGUUGACCAGUGGAUCUCAUGGCAAGCCAUAUGCAACGUGGGCGCUUCCGGGCCCUUCAUACGCGCAUGCUCGUAUACGAAGCGGGAAGAAUGUGGUUGAUGCUGCCGUCCUUGAUGGCGUUUCAGUCCGCUUGACAGAUACUCUGGCAUGGCUCUUCCCAGGUCAGAAGAGGGUGUCCGAUGAACACGUUUCCACUGGGGAGAGUUCAGACUCGGAGGGAUCCGUGGAGGCAGUCAUAGAUGAAAUCUACAGCUAUAAAGAGUUCAGACUCAGAGGGAUCCGUGGAGGCAGUCGUAGAUAA